AUGCUUUACAUCAAUGCGGGAAGAAAGGGUAGCCUACAGGAUCUCCAAGACUACUGGGAUGUGGCAACAUUCUUUGAAGUCUCCGUACUCUGGGGUGACUAUUCUGGAGCUUGCAGAGCUGCCAAAUACAUGCAUAAACUAAACCCACCAUCAUGGUAA